AAGCGUCUCCGCAGAUAUCAUCGCUAAGUCCAGCCAGCACUGCAACCCCAUUCGCGGGCACUCACUGCACAAACACAGCAGCAGCAGCAGCAGCAGCAGCAACGGCAGCAGCAGCAGUAGCACAAAUAGCACAGAAAAACUAUUUGUAUGGGGAGUUGACGAUCUUGGCUGCAAUAAGCAGCAGCAGGAGAAACACCAGCACCAGCAGCAGCAGCAAAGACAGGCAAAGUCUUCGAUCCGGCAGCAGAAACAGCAGCAACAACAGCAGCAGCAGCAGGGAAAGCAGCAGCAUUGGGAAGAGCAGCAGCAGCAACAACAACAGGAGCAGCAGAAAGAGCAGCAGCAGCAGCAGCAGGAAAAGCAACAGCAUCCGCAGCAACAUCCUUAG